AUGUCCGAUUCAUUAUUUUUUAUAAGUUCAGCUAAUAUAUUUUCAAUAUAUCCAACGGUAUUUAAGGAAAUAUUUGAUGCUGAAGAUGAAAAACGUAAAAAUGACGGUCCAUUAAAAAAAGAUUUUGUAUAUUUACCAAGUGAUUUUGAAUGGCAAGAUAAAAUCUAUUAUCGUCUGCUUGAAGAACAAAAACAAUUAGGAAUAGCAGAAGAAAGUGGUGAAAUUCAAGAAGUACAAUCAAAAAAAAUUUGUAAAAUAUUAUGGGAUCCUACUCAAUUAUCAGAAGAUCGUUCUUCAACAUCAACAACACCAUCCAGUUUUACUAAAAUAAAAGGAAGAUGUAUUCCAGAUUUACCAAUAAAAUAUAUUGAUAUAAAAACUUUAGGUGAUUGGUCAUUAGAAAAUAUUGCAAAAGCUGGCAAAUUAUUAAAAAAACCACCAAUAGAAGUUGAAUUUGAAGAUGAACAUGAAAUGAGAAAAGUUUAUUCUUUAAUUUAUGAUGUAUUUAGACAUAAACACAUUUUGAAUCAGGCUUUAAAUGAUGUUUCCUUUUUCAUACAAUAUCCUGAGGUAAAACAUCAUAAAAAUCGUGUUUGGUUAUUACUCUUUGAGUUACACACCCGUCAUUUUAUUAAACGGAAUGCAGAAGAACAUCAACUUCAAGAAAUUUUAUACAAAGAAUCUGAUCUUACAGAUAUAUCAUUAAAAAUAUGGAAACAUCGUGUGAAAUUAGCCGCUUCUAUUUCAAGAUUACGUAUUAAAAAAGGUGCACUUUAUUUAUCAGAACUUUUACCAUUGCAUUUACAGAAUGAGAAAGUAGCAAUUGCAGCAGCAAAUCCAAUUGUCACCGGAUGGAUUAAUCCAUUUAAAAUUAAAGAUAAAAUUUUGGCAUCUAAUCUACUUGAAAAAAUGGGUCUAAUUGAAGUUAAUCAGCAGGAUACUAUCGAAGAAAAACCGUUACUAUCAAAUCAAUAUAAAUGGGACAAAGUGUGUCCUUUGUUUUUAUCAUGUUUGCCAUCCGAUCGAAGUGAAUUUGCUAAAUCUGAUUUGGUCAAAAGUAAUUGUUUUAUAUUGCAAGAUCGUACAUUUUCAAUAGCACCCGCUAUUUUAUCAAGACUACUUGAUCAUUUUGAUAUUGAAGGUGAUAUAAUUCAAACUCAUGUGUCAUCACCACGUUCUACUGCCUAUUUAGCUGCACUUUUUUAUUCUAUUAAUCGUGUAAAUAAUUUUUUAGCUUUUGGUGCCGGUUCCAAAACAACAGAAUAUUGCGAAUAUAUUAAAUUAUUAGAUGUUAAUAAUGUUAAGAUAUUCUCGGAAAAUUUCUGUACUUUAUCACUAGAAUCAAAUGCACUUGAAUCAGUUGUAGGAAUUUUUGCAACACCACCCAAUUCUUUCAGUGGAAUAGCGGAUCCAAUUGAUUUAAUAUGUAGUCGAGGUGGCGAUUUAUCAAUGCUCGAAAUUCUUACUGAAUCUGAAAUGAGUGAUGAAGGUCGAUUACGGGUAAAUAAAAUAUUAGAAGAGCAGAAAGAAACAUUACGUGUUUCUAUGUCAAGGCCACAAGUUCAAUUUAUUCUAUAUGAAACUCAUUCAAUAGUUGAAGCUGAAAACCAAGAUAUGGUUGAAAAAUCAGUUGAACAAAUCAAUCACAAUGCAUUUGAAAAACAUUUAGUAGCUUAUAAGGAAAAAAAACGUUUGGAAGCUUUAGCAGAAGCGGAAACAUCUGGCAUUCCAUCUGCUGCAUUUAGUUCUCCAAGAAAACGUGACAGAGACUCUGCUAAGAAAAAAGGAAAAAUAAGUCGAACUAACAGUACUGAGUCUCUGUCAAAAAAAUCUAAACAAGAUGGUGGUGAAGAAGAUAGUACGGAGACAUCUGAUGCUAAAGGCCCCGAAGAUUAUUCGAAAGUAGUUAAAGUGCCAAAAACUGAUGAAUUUUUAAUUUCAAAUCUACCAGAUGUUUGUGCAAAUCGAGAUAAAUGCUUAGACUUUAAUAUACUUGGCUGCUAUAUUUCUUUAAUACAUAGAAAACAGAUAACGAAAUUAGAUGCUAAACAAUUGAUUAGAAUGGCUGAAGCAAAAGGAUUAUUUGGUAAUGCUGAUAGAAAAAAAAGUGCCAAAAAAACGACAAAGAAAGCUGAAAAGAGAACUGAAAAGAGAAAAGUUGACCCUGAUAAACAAAAAAUAAAAAAAACGGAUAUAGAUUCAUUGAUUCAAAGAAUCAAUCAGCCAACACAUGCCAGUUUUAUACGAUCAACUUUACCUUUAAUUGAUCACUCACUUAAUUUUGCUACUCGCCAUUGUUUGCGUCACAUAAAGUACAAUGUAGAAGAAUAUCCAUGCGCUACUAUUGAUGAUUUAAAUGAACGAGCAAGAAAAUGGUGGCGUGAGAGUGCCAAAUAUAUUAAAGAAUUACAAAAUAAUAUAAAAAAGUUACCAUUCGUAAAAGGUAAUCCAUAUGAAAUUGCACAUCUUCUCAAAAAUACGAAAGCACCACCAUUUAAAUUAACAAGAAUUAACAUUAAGUGUUCAUCACCAUCACUUGAAUGUGAAUUUUCAAGCCCGAUUAAACAUAUUAGAAAAAUUGAUAACCCAAAAAGACCUUAUCCAGUGGCUAUCCGUCAAUUAGAAUUAGAUUAUCAUGAUAUUUUAAGAGGUCAAGAAAAAUUGAACACAUAUUAUGAAUAUUCCGGAUAUUGGACCGUUUAGAUCAUGAUACCGCAAUUUAAAUCUGAUCACAACUUUUUUUUUGGACUAGUUUUUCGACAUUUUGGUUUUUUGAAAUCUUUUUAAAAAAAAAUUUAUUAUUUCCCAUUCUAAAAGUACAUGUAGA